GUGAAAUUCUAAUUUUGAGUUUUGUGAAACAUUUUCCAAUUGUCAAAAUAAAAUUUUACGAAAAUCAUAUUCUUAUCGAUCAUCAUUAUGAAUAAAAAUCUUGGCAAAUUUUAUCGGAUUUGUCUUGAAGGAAAUAUUGGUUGUGGUAAAUCAUCAUUAUUAUGUCGUCUAAUUGAUCGAUUCGGUAAUCAUCAUACGAAUACUAAUAAUAAUGAUGUUAAUGAUCAUCAUCAUAAUUUACUCAAAGAAAUGGAUCAAAUAUCAAUCGAUUUUGAUGAUUCAAACAUAUCGAUGAUGAUUACACCCGAACCAAUCAAAUUAUGGACAAAUAUUCCAUUCUCAUCUGCUGAUGGAAAAAUUCAGAAACAUGAUAAUCUUUUACAGAAAAUGUAUGAUGAUCCAAAACGAUGGGCAUUUACAUUCGAACAUUAUUGUCAAUUAACAAGAUUUAUUCAAAUGUCCAAUAUUUACAAUGAAUUUGAAGAAAAUAGAAAAACAUUGGAAAAAGAAAAAGUCUGGAUACAUUUAAUGGAACGUUCAAUCUAUUCGAAUCGUUUUGGAUUUGUCGAAAAUUUUGCUCAAUCUGAUAAAUUAUCACCUGUUGAAUAUCGAAUACUUGAUCAAUAUUUUGACCAUUUGCGAAAAAAACCACAAACAAUGGUCGAUUUGUUUGUUUACAUUCGUACCGAUCCAGAAGUUGUACGUGAACGAAUACGAAAAAGAUCUCGCCGUGAAGAGGAUCCAAUUUCGAUUGAAUAUCUUACAGAAAUACACAAACUACAUGAUAAAAUGUUUGUUGAAAAACCGGAUGACAUUUGGAAUCGAAUCCAUUGUAAAACGAUAAAAGAUCAAGCUGUCAUCUGUUUGGAUGGCAAUCAACCUUUUGAUAUUGUUUAUGAAAAUUUUCUCGACAACAUACGAAAAUGGCUUAAACCACGAAUGACGAUGAUGAUUAAGGAUUUAAAACAAAAACAGUGCCAUUGAGAUUUUAUUCAAUCAUUUCUUUUUCACAU